AUGAAUCAAAGUGAAGUUAAUGAAGAAAACUCACCUCACAAUUCUGAUCAUGCUUCAUAGAAUAUUUCUCAAUACUUGUAACAUGACUAUUAUGAGAAAUUCAAGCUUGGCUAGAACCUAUAUGAAUAAUCAAUUACUUUAUCAAGAUUAUCUUUGGGAGAAAAGACAACAGAGGAUCAUAACAAUAUCACAUAAAUAGGAUUGAUACAAAUUUAAGAACGCCUAUCUGAUGAGAUCUGCAAGAAUCAACUAUUAGAGAGUAAAGUAACAUAACUCAAUAAGGAUUUGUAAGCAGCUAUGGAACAUACAAUGAUUCUACAGAAACAAAAUGAGAAGUACGUUCAGAUGUUGUAAUAAACCAAUACACAAUUACAAAAUUAGAUUAGGAAUUACGAAAUAGAAAAAAAGUUAAACUCACAAUUAAUGAAAAAAAAUAAAGAAUUAAUAGAAGUAAAUAAUAAUUAUUAGAAAUAAGUAUAAAGUUUAGAAAAGAAGAAAUAAAUCUAGAACUUUUCAGAUUGCAAAAAUAUUAUAUUAUCCAAAUGUCAUUAAAAGUCGAAUUAAUCCAUCUGUUCUUCGCAUAGGAAUAAAAGGAAUUUAAAUCCAGGGAAUACAGAAGAAUCAACUGUUAAGGAUUCUUCCUUCAGUGAAAUGAAAUCUAACGAUAAUUACAGAUAUGCUGAAUCUGCUCAAUAAUUCUACAAAUCCUAAAAUUUUUGGUCUCCAGUAAAAUAGUCUUCUCCUAAAGCUCCUCACAAUUUAAAUCUAGAAAAAAAAAUUGAAUCUACUUUAGCAUAAAUAAGAGCUAUCAAAAUGCAAAUUCAACAGUUAAAUUAAAAAUGA